AAACUAACGGUCCCACAUUAGAAUCCUAUCUCAUAAUAGUGGACUUUCCUCUACACAAUUAGACUACACAAUUAGAGAAUAAAAACAACAAGAGAGUUUUAAUUCAUUAAGAUAAUCGGUCUCGAAACAAGCUAAGACCUGUUCUCCAUACUUUCGAUCCGAUUUCUGUUCAGCUUUCUGGAUCUUGCCGAUGUCACGCGCUGAAACGCGCUUUCAAUCGGCCCGGGCGUUUUAUCAUGAUUGAUAAACGGCGCGCACACGUUUGACGCUUGGGUCUACAAAUCUUGCUUCUGCCAGCUGAUAUUGCAGUAGCACCAGACGGUCUCGGUGAAUGACGUCUAGAGGCUGGUGGACGGUGGUCACGCUUGGCUAACCAAGACAAUCGGGAUCAACGAAAUCAAGCUUGGCAAAGUUGCCAUCGUAGACGCGACAGAUCACCAGGUACCUUCGUCCUGCUCGAGACGCCACGUAUCUUCGCGAUACACCUUCGCGAAAGAAAGGCACCGUCGCGCCGAUAAGAGCCAAGAAUUCAAUCUGUCCCGGCCAGUAGUUGCUCAACGCACACUCGGGAUAGAAUGAACAACGGCAGGCAUUAUGCGCAACUUACCGCGGCUCGCGUUCCUCCUGUUCGCCGGUACGGUGGCUGUGGUUUUCUGCACGCUGCUGCUGUUCCCGGGCUUCCUCGCCGCCGACAAGAGGUCUUCCGCGUCGCGGAGGGAACAGGUGUCCACAAGCGAGGAAAAAGAAGAAAAUAAAAGAUCCGUGCCUGAUGCGCGACAGCAGUUCGCGAGGAUGGCGUUUCUGGACGCGCACCUCCUGGGACGAGGCUUCACCGACGAACAGGUAAAGAAUAUGUCUCCCCUCGGGAAAUGGUUAUUGGCGCCGGAAGGGAGUCCACCCCCGCGAUCGAACGCCGCCAAUAAAACCUACUUGAUCCUGAUCUGGAAGCACGGGCAGUUCCUGGAACGCAGGCACAUCAAACGUUUCACGUCUACCAAGUUUUCACCGUGGGACCAGUGUUCAGUGCGGAAUUGCAUUCUGAGCUACGACGAGAAGGAUCUGCAUCGAGCGGACGCCGUGGUGUUCCACUUGCACUUCACGAGGAGUCCGUCCGAGUUACCGGCGAGGAACCGGGCGGAUCAACGGUGGAUCUUCCUCACGGACGAGUCGCCCUAUCACACGUUUUUGCACAGUCAUCAGAAACUCUCCAGCUACGACGGCCUGUUCAACUGGUCCAUGUCCUACCGGAUGGACAGCGACGUGCCGAUUCCCUACGGAAGAACGACACUGGUCCCCGGCAAAUUUUCAACCAAAGACUGGGACGCUGUCGUGAGAACCACCAAGACCAAACUGGUCGCGAUAAUGGGCAGUAACUGCGGCGGCCGUAACGGACGGUGGUCCUACGUGAAAGCACUCAAGUCGUCGCUCCGCGGCGACCUGGACAUCCUCGGCAGAUGCCUGGACGGCAACAGGACCGUCUGCCCCGGCCACUUCGACCGGAACUGCGUCGCCCUGGGCGCGUACAAGUUCUACCUGUCGUUCGAGAACUCCAACUGCCGGGAGUACCUGACGGAGAAGGUGUUCUGGAACGCGUACCGCAAGUUCGCGGUACCGAUAAUAAUGGGAGCGUCGCGGCAGGACUGCCAGCGACUGCUGCCGCCGCGCUCCUUCCUCUACGUGGACGACUUCGCGGACGCGAACACGCUCGCCAGCUACCUCAGGUAUCUGGACCGCGACGACGAGCGUUACCUCGGCUACCACGAGUGGCGUGAUCGCUACCGGGUGGUCAACGAGCACGGCUAUUUCGGCAGCACCUCCAAGCACUACUGUCGCAUUUGCGAGGCGUUGCAUUACAACCCGGCCGUGCCGAAGGUCUACGCGAGACUCGAGCACUUUUGGAGCAAGGAGAAGGACUGCGCUCCGGCGAGCGCUUAGAUUGUUCUCUAUCGAUCUAUCAGAUCGAUCAUCUAGUCUUUGUCAAGUGUAGUUGAAUUACAAAUGAACCUUUCGUCAGUGAACCUGGGAACUUUAUGGACGGUUAGUACCGGUUUAACGUUGAACCGUCCUUCAAAGGAAUUAAGUUAUAGAGAUUGCGGAGAAAAGGACGAGAUAAUUAUCAUAAAUUGUUAAUUAUUAUUACAGUCAGUUGUUCAUAUUGAUAAAGAAAUGCAUUUCUUCUCGGUAACUAAGUACGUGUUUAAAAAGUUUAAACGAUCUAUUACAAAACUUGGAAUCUUCGCUGAAGGAAGAUUAAUUUUUGUGUUCCGUUUUUAAUUAUUUAUGAAUUCUUACAUUAGCUAUAUUUGUCUAACAAAUCUGAAAGAAGAACUCCGCAACGCGUUGUACAGAAAAUUUCAGUUCAUCCGACUUUCGCUGGAAAACGAUGGAUAUUCAACGAGUGUCGCGCAUCUCCAAAAAGGCCCGAAGCUGAUUCCCUAUGCAACCGGAUCUAAAAUCGCGGAAAGCGACUGCGUAAAAACCGUCAAAGAUUUGUGAACAAGCGGACGGUAACCACCGGUUGAUAAUUUGCCGGGUUGCGAUAAAACAAAAUAAAAAAUUGUAUUAAUAUUUUAAUAUACGUAUACUUCUUAGGCCAAACGCUGUUUAACUUUAAGCUUAGCUUCAUUCGUUCUUUGUCUCUU